AUGCCGGUCUGCGGCGAUGAAUCUUGGAUCGUAGCGCUUGAUAUUCCCCUCCACCUGAAAAGCGUGGAUCUUUUUGUUGCAAUCGGAAACUUCUGCGGGGUCUUUGUGGACUUAGACUGGGAUUCUUGGUUCCUUCCCUUCGUAAGGAUCGGGAUCAAGAAGACGACCGCCAUUCCUGACGUAAUUCCUCUUCGUUUUGAUGGCCUGGAAUUUCCAAUUCAAAUUGUUUCGCCGGCGGCGACGCCUCUUGGUCUUCCAUGCAACACCAUCAUUAAUGCGGGCAUCAACUCUCAUGCACGUGUCUCGGGAACCCUUUCCAGUCACCCGGUUGAUUACCCUAGUGUCGGCGCUUCGUCAAGUCCUAUCUCCUCCCCCAGUCUCCCAAGUCGGCCCAAUAAGCCCCGGGCCCAUCCCAAUCGAAUCUGGGUUCGCAAAGCUGGCCCUAUUUGGCUCCCACCCCAUUCCUCCCCCCUGAUUGAGCCCAUCCUUUCCCUUCCCUCUUCAAUCCAUGUACCUCCAGUUAGAGCCCAUACACCCUUUCCCUCUCUCAUCCUUGACUUUGCGCCUUCCCCUAGCCGAUCCUUACCCAGCCUUUGUCUUCACCUCGGACCUGAUCUCAUCAUCUUAUCUAAUUUCGCUUUAGCUGGUCGUCUUCUUUUUUCCCCUGCUCUCGGUGCAACCCCCUCUCCUCUUUCCCUUUCAACCCCCCCCCCCCCAUCCCUCCCUUCCCCACCCUCCUCCCCCUCUUCUCCACCCCUUUCCUUCUCCCCCCCUCUAACCCCCGACUCCCCCGAUCCCUACCGUGACCUCUUUGAAGAUCUUACCCAUUUCGAUGACCCUAACCCGUUGGCCCUGGUUCCCUUCCAGCCUAUCAAUGAUGCUUACCUCAAGGAUUGGGGAGCGGAUUUGGAUCUGCACUCGAUUAUUGCCGCUGGCUUGACUCUCCGCCGGCUUUUAAAUUUUUCCUCAGAGGUCAGCAGCGAGCAAGUUGAGGAUCAGUUUGAGGAACUGGCUUUCUCGUUUAAAUCGAAGAAAAGGCGGGCGACUAGAUCAAAGCUGCAAAUGGAGAUUCACGGCCUUGGACCAGUGAAUUUGGUCCUAAAUGAGCCGCGACGGAAAAGGGGUCCGAGUUGCAGUAAUAGAUGUGGAUUCACCUCGUUUUUGUCCCAAUGA